AUGCCUGUGGACCUGGCCAUGCGGCUCUGCCUGAGCCGUUCACCCCCUAUUCGCAAGCUACUGAAUUCUUAUGAGGAGCUCCGGAGCAGCCGGGGACGCAAACCGCUCCGCUCCUGUCUGAACCUGAAACAGAGCGCAGAUCAUGAGCCUGAGUGGAGGGAGAACACCAAGAGCUCCAAAAGUCAGAAGAAGAAGAGGGUGGUAUUUGCUGACAUGAAGGGGCUCUCGCUGACAGCUGUCCGAUUCUUCUCAAAGAUCGAGGAGGACCUCUGUGAUUUGCAGCAUGCCCUGUCAGACCUCACCUGCUUCCGGCCCAGGUUCCGGGACUCGCACUCAGAAGCAGGCAGGUAUGUGCUGGACUUCCCACAACCCUCUGCAGACUAUGCAACCUUCCGCAGCCGCCUGCUCAGCAACCUGGUCUGCCUGGAGAGCUGCCUGAUCCAGGACCAUGCCCUGUCUGGGACAGUGAAGGUCAGAAACAUUGAGUAUGAGAAGAAAGUCCUCAUUCGCAUCACCUUUGACGGCUGGAAGAGCUUCCGCGACAUCUCCUGCCAGUACAUGCAUAGCACGUAUGGCUCAGCAGACACGGACACCUUCUCCUUUGAGCUCUCCCUUCCCAAGCCCUCUAGCUCCUCCAAGGCCACAGAGUUCUGCAUCUCCUUCCGCUGUGGGCAGAAGACCCACUGGGACAACAACCAUGGGCAGAACUACAGGAUCUACCACUUGGGUGUCAUACGCUCACCCUCCCAUGCUGUGAAGAGUGCCAAGGGGGCCCGGGAGCACCUUGGCACCUCCCGGGCUGCUGCCCUCGUCCUUUCUCACCUGCAGAGCUGGCGCCAUUCAGAGCCUCAAGCCCCGUACUGGUAGGGAGGUGCUUUGGAGGGGGCUGUAGGUCCCUUAUGUCCCUGCUUUGGUACAAGGGCCCUGGGGGAGGAUGGGGACAACAGCAUCAAGUGCUGCUCCCAGCUGUGUUAGCUUCUCCACGAGCUUGCCUGGCUAAGGUACAAGCAGCUGCUGGGCUUCAAAGCUGGGCCCCGCUACAUCUUAAGCUGGGAGCCAUUUCGGUGAAAUUCCUGCCGGUCCAUCCUCCAGGCAGCGCUAGCACGAGAGAACAGGAGUGACGGGCGUGAAGCCGGCCGACCCCGCAUGUGCUCCGGUGCGAGCCUGGGGCGCGAUGAGCGGGACAAGUGCCUUCGUGCAGGCAGAGGGAGCGGCUCGGGGCCGUGGCAGCGAAGCGGAGGCGGAUGCUGCGGGCGGGACGAGGGCGUGACGAGGCCGCUCGGUGCGCCUCGGUCCGGCCGCGCUGUUACGGGAGGCAAUAAAGUGACGGCACGGUG